CCAGUUCACGGAUCCCACACAUGCUUGACUGUCCUUUGCAGCGUGCAGACUAUCGUAAGCCCAUACCGAAACCGGCCCCUCCGAUCAGUACGCCCUCGCACUUAUUCACGCACCUGUGGCCCGGUACUGACCCUGUCUCUGCUGCUCCAUAUACCUCUUGGUUCGGUUGUUCAUCGUGCGUAUCUUAGCGUCGGUCUCCACCUGCUCCUGGCUCUCCUCCCGCCAAAUUCGCUCCCAAAUUCCCCGGGAGUUUGCAAACGCUUUGAUAUCUGGGUUAGGGUUUGAACCCUUCACCCUAGGGCGAGUCAAGAAGUGCGAGGGAAGUGUUUGACAGAGAUCACCGCCAGUGGCGGCCACACACCUCAAUACACCACGGGCAUCCGCCAGUUUCCGUCUCAUCGUGAUUUGUGAGUCCAGGGCGGCAGAUCUGCUUUGAUCUGUGUGAGGUGAGGGCCGUCCGAAGAGGACAGGACACAGAAGGUGCGCGGGCAGGCGGGAAGGAGCAAGGGCGUCGUCGGUGGAGGAAGGCCCCUCAUUCCUCCUUGUGUGCGUGUCACUGUCAGGGCGUCAAGAGGUUGUAGGGCUAUCUCUCUGUGUGCACCACCGAGCCCCACUCAUGGCCGCACGGCAACCAGCAGAUGAGCAGCAGCAGGAGGACUCCGCGGAGCCCCCGAUGGACGUCGACGCCGUGCAGCAACUCCAGAGCGGCGACGAGCCUGACGGUCAGCACCGAACGCCGCAGCACUUGAUUCUGUGUCCAUGUGUGUGCAUGUGGUUGAUUGUGUUCAGGUGAGGACAAUGAGGAGGGCGGUGUGAUGGCCGAUGGGAGCGAAUCGGUGAGGCAUUCGUUCGCGAGCACCCCGUCCGUCCAUGUGGCGCUCGUCACCUGGCUGUUCUCCCGUUGCCUCUGUGUCGCUGUGUCAGGGCGGUGGUAUGCAGGACGACAGUGACGACGGAGGGAUGCUGGACGAAGACCAAGACCAAGACGACGAGAACGGGGACAGUGAGUGGGAAGACGACAGUGACUUAGACAGCGACGGUCAUGACGACGGCUAUGAGGAGGAAGGUACGCCAGACAGACAGACACAUGAGAGGGAGGGGGCGAGGUGCGGGCCCAUACAUGCAUUCGUUCUCGGUGUGCGUCGUCUGAUGGCUGUGUGUGUCCCACCAGGCCACCCGGUGGUGCCAAUCACCUCAGCCGACGGGCCAGACGGCUUCUUGGGAGCCGAUGAGCUGGAGGCGCGAUUCCCUCUCGGCACCAACGAGGCCACCAAGUCGCUGGCAUUGGGCGUCAUCGGCCGCACCAUCCCCAGCGCACAGCACGUGACCGACCUCAUCGAACAGGGAGCCAACCCCAAUAUCAUGCCUCGACUGAAGAGGGAGGGCACCAAGCAUCGUGGGUUCCGCUACCUGCUCCUCGCCAUCGCCAUCGACAGCAAGUCGGACUUCACCGUCGGGACCAUCCAGGCCGAAGACGACAAUGAUGACCGUCCCGUCGCCCUGCCACAGUGGUCGUCGGAUGAGCUGCAGGCGGCCGUCCUCACCGCACUGCUCGACGGAGGCGCCGACACCGAUGCGGCAGCCGAUCGGCCCGGGGAGACGCCCCUCCAAUUGGCGACUGCGUGCGGCAACCGGACGGCCUUCGAGCUGCUGAUGGCGCGUCAAGACAUAGACCUGCGCUCACCAGGCCCACGCAUGGUGAUGAUGCUGCCCCGCUCGCUGCGUCCGCCUCCCCUCGAGUAUCUGCAGCUGCUGCUGUCGAUGUAUGAGCGACUCGUCGCACGAGACCCCACCCUCGCUGCCGAACGAGACAUCUGGGGCUACAGCCUGGUGCAUCGGGCAGCCGAAGUGGCGGGGAGGCACUACCCCCAGCCCUUCAUCAGCAGCUACCUCGACCUCAUCAGAGUGAAGGGGGCCGACAUGACGGCAGGUACCAUUUUUGGAUGUACGCCACUGCACUACGCGGCAGCGUGCGGCUCUCCCUACGUGGCCGACUACCUCUGCCGCAAGCUGCCCGCUGCCGACAUCGACAGACGGGAGAACAACGGCCAGACACCCCUCGCCACAGCUGCCGAGGAGCUCGAUCGCCGCACCCAACGGCUGCAGGACCCGGACACGCCCGAGGCCGCCAAGGAAAAGAUGCGCGCUGAGAGUGACAAGUACAAGCUGACCAUCCGCAGCCUGCUGCGGGCGGGGGCCGACAUCAAUCUAAUCCCCACAGCCACAGAGGAGCGUCACCGUCAGCGCCAGCUGGUGCUGACGGAGUAUGGCACAGUGCUCAACGAGGUGGGCCCUGCAGUGAUGUCGGCCGUCAACGCCGCCCUGGCCCCCCACCGCUCCCUCGCGGCCCUCCUGACCCCCAGGCUGGCCGUCGGCCCGCAGGAGGCCCCCAUCUUCGGCUGGCACAUCGCGUCAUACCUCUUCGACAUGGAUGCCGCCCAGGAGACCAUCAGUGAGGCCAUCGGUGUGCGGCACAGCGACAUGGCCCGGCGUGUGUGUGCGGCAGCGAAGCUCUUCGUCAAGUCGGCAGUGUACCAGGCCAGCAGCAACAGGGAGGUGGUGGGCGGGACGACCAAUGUGGGCGGCCAGGUGGUGCGUGUGCCGCAGCUGCAGUGCUUUGUGGUGGGCGGUGUGGGUGGCCGCGAGAUGGAGUUGCGUGAGGUGGUGCAGCGGGCCAUCCUGGACGAGGCGACCAAGUGGGGGCUGGCGGGGGACAUCGACAACGGCUUCAGCAAGGAUGUGGCUGCGGUGGUGUGGGGGGCGGUGGGGUGUGUCGACAAGGGGCGGGACGGGAGGCAGACAUUCACACCGCUGAGGAUGACAUGAGACAGGCAAACAGGUAGAUGAGGGCGGGCAGGCUGGCUGAGAGAUUUUGCUGUUUGUAUGGGUGGUUGUUGCUCUUUGAUUGAUUGCUUCUGCUUCGUGCCUACCGGCCCCUGCUGUGUGUCACCGGUGUAUCUCUGUAGAUGUGCGGCUCGAUGGAG